CCUUCAUUAGCUCUGGGUUUUGCUUACAAAGUGGAGACCAAUUGAAACUGUAAAAUGCAGUAAUUUUAGCUUUCUCAUCUUAGCUCAUUAAAAGUAUACUUCAAAUAUUAGCCAUUCUUGUAAUUAGUAUAUAUAAAUAGCGUUGCAGAUUAUAUAAGAUGCUUUAUUUUUCAUUAACUACGCUACAUCAUAGUACAGCUUUUGUCGUUUUCAUUACGAUGCUUGACGUUACAGAAAGUAUUGGUAAUGUUACAGAAAACAGCAAGCAUUCAGAAGGACGUUCAGUUUUACAGGUGGACAGUUUUAUGAAUAUAUUAUAUAUUAUUGUUAGUGUUGUAGGAGUUGUGGGCAACGGUAUUGUUGUUUUUACGAUGCUACAUUCAAGAGCUUUAAGACGGAAACCUUCAAAUGUUUUAGUGAUAAAUCAGUCAACAAUCGAUCUCUGUAGUUCAAUAUUAAUUGCUCCGAGUUAUCUAUUGAAUACAACAGUGAAUAUGGAUCAUAGUUUGGCAUCGAGUCUUUGGUGUAAACUUUGGUUGGCUAGACCUAUUAAGUGGGGAUGCAUUCACGCAUCUAGUUACGGUCUUGUGUGUUUAAGUUUUGAGAGAUUUCUCGCUCUCGUUUAUCCAUUUUUCCAUACAAAGCAUAUGACGACGAGAGUUGCCAGAUUAAUGUGUAUUAUACCGUGGGUCAUCAGUUUUAGCUACAGUGUACCUCUUAAAGUUCCUACUAGCUAUGUUGACGAAACUGGGACGUGUAAAAUGAUGGCUAAAUGGCCAAGUCAAAAAAUGCAAGAGAGAACCAUGAUAGCCAUAAUAUUUCUGCAAUAUUUCUUACCUUGUAUAAGUCUGAUUUAUCUAUACUUGAGAAUGUAUUUAGCCAUAAGAAGGGCAAAAAAUUCGAGUAAAACUGGAAAUGAAGAUAAUAAGAGAGCUUUAAAAAUGGAACAAGCCGAAAGAAACAUGUUCAAGACAUUUGUACUUGUUACUCUGGCAUUUUUCCUUUGCGUUUCUUGGAAUCAAUGGUAUUUUUUUCUUGGGAAUAUAAACCUUAUUGAACUAGACUGGCAAACACCUUGGUAUCAUUUUACCGUAAUAGCUAUCUAUACAAACGCUAUCAUAAACCCAUUUAUAUAUUCAUUCAGCUACGAACCAUUUAAGAAAGAAAUUGUUAAAAUAUGCGGAUGUCGUAGAAAACCAAAGUAUGAAUCUUACGAAAGUUCACAAUCAGUUGCAACAAAAUUUUAAAGAAAUACCAAAAAUAUUUCUUGUCUGGCUUUUUUAUUUUAUUUAAA